AUGGCCAAUCAAGAACCCACCUUCUACCUCCUGAAGCGACGCCUUCCUUCCAAUGAGACUCCUCUCAUGCUCGGUCGCAUUGUGCGUCAGUUCCAAGAUCCCACAGCGUCCUACGUGCCGGAAGAUCCGUCUCUGAUUUUUGCGGGGCUGCAAUCGCACAUCUUGGAGACGCAGGACCGCGAUGUGGAGCUCCUUUCUCGAGCAAGCCGCGAUAGCGAACUCGCAGCCAAGCUAAAGGGGCUUCUAUCCCUUAACUCCAGCCUCUCGAGGCAAAGCGAGACGCGCGUCGAGUCUUCUUUGGUCAUUACACGACGACUGAAGAACUUGGAUACUGUAUGGGCAGCUUUAAAAGGUGACACUGCCGUUGCGACGCGGGUGCAAGAGAUGAUUAAGAGCAAGGGCAAGGCUUUCAUGGUUACCGGUGUCAUGGUGAUCCAGAGCGGGAGUAUACAACGCUUAGGGGCGCGGCAGUCGGAGCAGGGCGCCUCGGCGCAUAUUCCAGUUGGAGCAGCCGCUGCCGCGAGUGGAGUUCCUAUCCGGGCGGAUAUCAAUGCAGAAGUUUCUGUAUCGCAUGGAAGUGAGUUGGAUUGGUCAAUGAAGGGAAAUGUAGGCCAAGAUGGGACGGAUAACUCGGAGGAGAUCUUUGCUGUGGAGUAUAAGGUGCUCAAACGGGGUUGGUUGGGGAAGGAUGUAAAACUGCAAAGUAAAGUCCCUGACUUCAAGGGUGGCUCGACGUACGCUGAUGAUGAUGACGAUGAUGACGAAUCAGAUGACGACAAACCCAAGACCCAAAUGUCAAGUUCGGAUGCUGUUGGGGUGGUGGAUGAGGACUUCUUCUCUGGAGCGACUUUCGCCGGACAGAGGCCGAGAUUUUCCCAGAGUGGGUUUGUAUACUACCCUUGA